GUCUGUCCUUCUGCAGGCAGGUGGCCGUGCCGUGACCAGCACCCUGCCGUGGGGGGCAAGUGUGCCCCGAGCCCCCCUCCACCAUGUUCAACCUGAUGAAGAAGGACAAAGAGAAGGAUGGGGCCCGAAAGGAGAAGAAGGAAAAGAAGGAGAAGAAGGAGCGGAUGUCAGCAGCUGAGCUUAAGAGCCUGGAGGAGAUGAGCAUGCGCCGGGGCUUCUUCAACCUCAACCGUGCCUCCAAGCGGGACUCCAAGACCCGCCUGGAGAUCUCCAACCCUAUCCCCAUCAAGGUGGCCAGUGGCUCCGACCUGCAUCUCACGGACAUUGACUCCGACAGCAACCGGGGCAGCGUCAUCUUGGACUCAGGCCACCUGAGCACGGCCAGCUCCAGUGAUGAUCUCAAGGUGGACGAUGGCAACUUCAAGGGCUCGGUGCUGCAGCGGGCGGCCAAGUUUGGCUCGUUGGCCAAGCAGAACUCGCAGAUGAUUGUCAAACGCUUCUCCUUCUCCCAGAAGAGCCGGGAUGAGAGCACCUCGGAAACGUCCACCCCCUCUGAGCACUCGGCAGCCCCCUCUCCGCAGGUGGAGGUGCGCAUGCUGGAGACCCAGCUCACUAAGCAAGGAGUUCCCCAGGGACAGCCCUGCACCCCUCCCGCCUCCUCCCUGCGUGCCAGGGUACCGGAGCUCGUCGGUAAGAGGUUCCCCGCCGAGCUGCGGCUGCCCACCUUGGUGCCCCCGCAGCCCCCCACCCCGCGGCAGCUGGAGCUGCAGAGGCGCAACACAGGUGAUUUUGGGUUCUCCCUGCGCCGCACCACCAUGCUGGACCGGGCGCCCGACGGGCAGGUGUACCGCCGCGUCGUGCACUUCGCCGAACCUGGAGCCGGCACCAAAGACUUGGCGUUGGGGCUAGUGCCGGGUGACCGCCUGGUGGAGAUCAACGGGCGAAACGUGGAGAACAAAUCCCGAGAUGAGAUCGUGGAGAUGAUCCGGCAGUCGGGGGAGACGGUGCAGCUGAAGGUGCAGCCCAUCCUGGAGCUGAGCGAGCUGAGCCGCUGCUGGCUGCGGGGCAGCCAGGGGACGCGCCGCGCUGCCUGGGAUCUGGACCCCGCCGCCUCAGCCUCGGCACCCAGCCAGGGUCAAGUGGACGAUGCCCCAGCAGCCCCCUUUGGCCCCGUCCCUGCUGCAGCUCAGGCCAAGACGGAGGAGCAGAUAGCGGCUGAGGAGGCCUGGUACGAAACCGAGAAGGUGUGGCUGGUGCACAAGGAUGGCUUCUCCUUGGGCAGCCAGCUGCGGCCGGAGGAGGGCAGCCCCUUGCCCGAGGGCAAGGUGAAGGUGAAGCUGGACCACGACGGAGCCAUCCUGGAGGUGGAGGAGGAUGAUGUGGAGAAGGCGAACCCCCCCUCCUGCGACCGCGUGGAGGACCUCGCCAGCCUCCUCUACCUCAACGAGUCCAGCGUGCUGCACACGCUGCGGCAGCGCUACGGCGGCAACCUCCUGCACACCUACGCUGGCCCCACCAUGGUCAUCAUCAACCCGCUGAGCUCCCCCUCCAUGUACUCUGAGAAGGUCAUGCACAUGUUCAAGGGGUGCCGCAGGGAGGACACGUCCCCACACAUCUAUGCGGUGGCCCAGGCCGCCUACCGCAGCAUGCUGAUGAGCCGCCAGGACCAGGCCGUCGUGCUGCUGGGUGCCAGCGGCAGCGGCAAAACCACCAACUGCCAGCACCUCGUCCAGUACCUCUCCACCAUUGCUGGCAGCACCGGAAAAGUCUUCUCCGUGGAGAAGUGGCAGGCUCUCUACACCAUCCUGGAGGCUUUUGGCAAUAGCAGCACCAGCAUGAACGGCAACGCCACCCGCUUCUCCCAGAUCAUCUCUCUGGACUUCGACCAGGCUGGGCAGGUGGCAUCUGCCUCUGUACAGACGCUGCUGCUGGAGAAGCUGCGCGUCGCCAAGCGCCCAGCCAACGAGGCCACCUUCAACAUCUUCUACUACCUGCUGGCCUGCUCCGACAGCGCCCUGCGGACUGAACUUCACUUCAACCACCUGGCAGAGAACAACAUCUUUGGCAUCACACCCCUCUCCAAGCCAGAGGAAAAGCAGAAGGCAACUCAGCAAUUCAACAAGCUCCAGGCUGCCAUGAAGGUGAUGGGCAUCUCCAGCGAUGAGCAGAAAGCCUUCUGGCUCAUCCUGGGGGCCAUUUAUCAUCUGGGGGCCGCUGGGGCCACGAAAGACGCCGACGAAGCCGGGAGGAAGCAGUUUGCACGGCACGAAUGGGCUCAGAAAGCUGCCUACCUGCUGGGCUGCAGCCUGGAGGAGCUCUCCUCCUCCAUCUUCAAGCACCAGCCCAAGGGCACCCUGCAGCGAUCCACCUCCUUCCGGCAGGGCCCCGACGAGGCCCCCCUGGGCGACAGCGGCACAGGUCCCAAGCUGACGGCGCUGGAGUGUCUGGAGGGCAUGGCGGCCGGCUUGUACUCCGAGCUCUUCACCCUCCUCAUCUCCCUCCUCAACAGGGCUCUGAAGUCAAGCCAGCACUCGGUGUGCUCGGUGACAGUGGUGGACACCCCUGGGGCGCAAAACCCUGAACUGGCAGGGCAGAACCGGGGGGCCACCUUCGAGGAGCUCUGCCACAACUACGCCCAGGAGCGCCUGCAGCUCCUCUUCCACCAACGCACCUUCGCCCGUGAGCUGGAGCGUUACAAGGAGGAGAACAUAGAGCUUGCCCUGGCUGACGCUGAGCCCGGCUCCUCUGGCUCUGUAGCUGCUGUAGACCAGCCCUCGCACCAGGCCCUGGUCCGGUCGCUGGCCCGCACGGACGAGGCACGGGGGCUACUGUGGCUGCUGGAGGAGGAGGCACUGCAGCCGGGGGGCAACGAAGACACUUUACUGGAGCGGCUCUUCUCCUACUAUGGCCCCCAGGAAGGGGGAAAGAAAGGGCACAACCCGCUGCUCCCCAGUGACAAACCCCGACACUUCCUCCUGGGACACAGCUCAGGGACCAACUGGGUGGAGUACGAUGCCACGGGCUGGCUAAACCACGUCAAGCACAACCCGGCCUCCCAAAACGCCUCCGUCCUGCUCCAGGAGUCACAGAAGAAGAUCAUCAGCAGCCUGUUUGCUGGCCGCGGUGGGUCGGCGCUGGUGCUGUCGGGCUCGGUGGCAGGGCUGGAGGGGGGCUCCCAGCUGGCCCUGCGCCGGGCCACCAGCAUGCGCAAGACCUUCACUACCGGCGUGGCCGCCGUCAAGAAGAAGUCACUCUGCAUCCAGAUCAAGCUGCAAGUGGAUGCCCUCAUUGACAGCAUCAAGAAGUCCAAGCUUCACUUCGUGCACUGCUUCUUGCCCAAGGCAGCAGGGAGCAGUGGGGACCCCCGGGCUCUGCCGUGCCGGCGGGUGAGCGGCAGCGAGCUGGAGCUGCCGGCGGAGCACUGCGAGGCCGGGCUCAUGCAGGUGGACGUGCCCCUCCUGCGCGCCCAGCUCCGCGGCUCCCGCCUGCUCGAUGCCCUCCGCAUGUACCGCCAAGGGUACCCUGAUCACAUGGUGUUUGCGGAGUUCAGGCGGCGCUUUGACGUCCUGGCCCCACACCUGACCAAGAAACACGGGCGCAACUACAUCGUGGUGGACGAGAAGCGAGCGGUGGAGGAGCUCCUGGACUCACUGGACCUGGAGAAGAGCAGCUACCACAUGGGUUUGAGCCGGGUGUUUUUCCGAGCUGGGUCACUGGCCAGGCUGGAGGAGCAGCGGGACGCGCAGACCAGCAGGAAUAUCACCCUCUUCCAGGCAGCGUGUAGGGGCUUCCUGGCACGGCAGCAGUUCAAGAAGAGGAAGGUUCGUCCCAGCAGCUCUCCCCUCCCCGCUCUGCUGCACAAUUUCGCCGCCAAGUAUGAUGCUCUGAAGAAGCAGAUGGAGUCCAUGGAGAUGGAGGUGAUGGAGGCUCGGCUCAUCCGGGCGGCCGAGCUCAAUGGGGAGCUGGACGAUGAUGAUUCAGGUGGUGAAUGGCGGCUGAAAUACGAGCGGGCAGUGCGGGAGAUCGACUUCACCAAGAAACGGCUGCAGCAGGAGCUGGAGGACAAGUUGGAGGUGGAGCAGCAGGGCAAGAGGCAGCUGGAGCGGAGGCUGACAGACCUGCAGGCAGACAGCGAGGAGAGCCAGCGGGCGCUGCAGCAGCUGAAGAAGAAGUGCCAGCGCCUGGCUGCGGAGCUGCAGGACACCAAGCUGCACCUCGAGGGCCAGCAAGGACGCAACCACGACCUGGAGAAGAAGCAGCGGAGGUUCGACAGCGAGCUCUCACAGGCACACGAGGAGGCACAGCGGGAGAGGCUGCAGCGGGAGAAGCUGAGCCGUGAGAAGGACGUGCUGGUGGCUGAGGUCUUCGGCCUCAAGCAGCUCCUGGAGGACAAGGACUCGGACAUCGCAGGGCUGACACAGAAGGCGGAGGCGCUGGAGGCUGAGCUGCAGGACAUCUCCUCCCAGGAGUCAAAGGAUGAGGCUUCCCUGGCCAAGGUGAAGAAGCAGCUGAGGGACCUGGAGGCAAAGGUGAAAGAUCAGGAGGAGGAACUGGAUGAGCAGGCUGGGACCAUCCAGAUGCUGGAGCAGGCCAAACUGCGGCUGGAGAUGGAGAUGGAGCGGCUGCGGCAGACCCACGCCAAAGAGGUGGAGAGCCGUGACGAGGAGGUGGAGGAGAUUCGGCAGUCAUGCCAGAAGAAGCUGAAGCAGAUGGAGGUGCAGCUGGAGGAGGAGUAUGAGGACAAGCAGAAGGUGCUGAGAGAGAAACGGGAGCUGGAGAGCAAGUUAUCGGCCGUCAGUGAGCAGGCCAACCAGCGGGACUUCGAGACAGAGAAGCGCCUGCGCCGGGACCUGAAGAGGACGAAAGCGCUGCUGGCUGAUGCACAGAUCAUGCUGGACCACCUGAAGAACAACGCACCCAGCAAGAGGGAGAUCGCCCAGCUCAAGAACCAGCUGGAGGAGUCGGAGUUCACCUGCGCGGCCGCCGUCAAGGCCCGCAAGUCGAUGGAGGUGGAGAUCGAAGACCUCCACCUGCAGAUCGACGACCUCUCCAAGGCCAAGGCAGCGCUGGAGGAGCAGCUGAGCCGGCUGCAGCGGGAGAAAAACGAGGUGCAGAGUCGUCUGGAGGAGGACCAGGAGGACAUGAAUGAGCUGAUGAAGAAGCACAAGGCGGCUGUGGCCCAGGCGUCCCGGGACCUGGCACAGAUGAACGACCUCCAGGCGCAGCUGGAGGAGGUCAGCAAGGAGAAGCAGGAGCUGCAGGAGAAGCUGCAAGGUCUGCAGAGCCAGCUGGAGUUCCUGGAGCAGUCCAUGGUGGACAAGUCACUGGUGAGCCGGCAAGAGGCCAAGAUCCGCGAGCUGGAGACCAGGCUGGAGUUCGAGCGGACGCAAGUCAAGCGCCUGGAGAGCCUGGCCACGCGGCUGAAGGAGAACAUGGAGAAGUUGACGGAGGAGCGGGAUCAGCGCGCGGCCGCCGAGAACCGGGAGAAAGAGCAGAACAAGCGGCUGCAGCGGCAGCUCCGCGACGUCAAGGAGGAGAUGGGCGAGCUGGCCAAGAAGGAGGCGGAGGCCAGCCGCAAGAAACACGAGCUGGAGAUGGACCUGGAGAGCCUGGAAGCUGCCAACCAGAGCCUGCAGUCGGACCUGAAGCUGGCCUUCAAGCGCAUCGGGGACCUGCAGGCAGCCAUCGAGGAUGAGAUGGAGAGCGACAGCAACGAGGAUCUCAUCAACAGUUUGCAGGACAUGGUGGCAAAGUAUCAGAAAAGAAAGAAUAAACUCGAUGGAGACUCGGAUGUGGACUCAGAGCUGGAGGAGCGCGUGGAUGGGGUGAAGUCCUGGCUUUCCAAGAACAAAGGCUCCUCCAAAGCACUCUCGGAUGACGGCAGCCUGAAGGGCAGCAGGUCAGCCCUGCCGGAUGGUCCCGAGGGCGAGGAGCGCCCGGUGUCGGUCUUGAGCUGCCUCAGCUAUAGGAAGCGUCCGGGCCUCAAGGACUCCAUAGGUGGCUGCGGGGAUGAGCAGACGCUCUUCAGCACGCUCGGCGAGCGGCCGCCUUCCCCCGAGCGCGCUGCCCGUCGGGCGGCCCGGGCCGGAGAGCCUGAGGACCAGGCGGCCAUCAUCGCCCGCGCCUUCGCCGACGCCAGCGGCCGGGCUCGGCAGGGGCUGGGCAAGCGUUGGUCCCUCUCGGCCGCUGACGGCGAGAAAGCCUCUGUCGCCUCUGCCCCGGUGAGCCGGGCCUCCUCCGCCUCCUGGCGCGGGCUGGAGGAUGGGGACGAGGGGGAUGAGGGGUGCUCGGUGCUGAGCUUCGCCCUCUCCAGCCCUGGGAGCUUGCGGAGCCGCCGUGGGGGGCCUGAGGGUCGCCCCGAGUCGCGGCUCUCCCUGGCCCGCAGCCGUCUGGAGGAGGCAGACGAGGGGUCCCGUGGGCAGCCCCCGCUGGGCCGCAGCUUCUCUGUGCCCCCCCGGCCCCGCAGCGCUGCCUCUGAGGAAGGGGGUCCCAGGGAUGCCCGUCCUGUGGGGCACCGCUCCUACCUUGACCCUGACCUGGAAGCCGCCAUCCAGGAGGUGCUGAGCUACCACCCGCCGCGGGCCAGGGGCUGCUCCAGCCCCGAGGCCGAUUCAGGGGACGAUGGCCGCAGCAUGCGGAGCGUGAGGAGCGCGGCCCCCCUGGGUGCCGCCGAACGUCCCUCCGGCAGCCUCCGUCGCUCCGCAUCUGCCCUCGACUUCUCCCGGCGCACCGGCCGCCGCCGCAGCAGCUCGGGCUCCUCCGAGGAAGAGGAGGAGCGGAAGAAAAAGAGUGCCAAGAAGCGCGCCAAGAAGGCCAAGAAGAAAUCCAAGAAGAAGAAGAGGAAGCAGCAGUCAUCAUCCGACUCAGGUUCCUCCUCUGAUUCCUCCUCUGAGUCCUCCUCUGGCUCCACCAGCUCCUACCGGAGCACCUCCAGUGUCAAGAAGGGCCCGCAGACAGCGGGGGGUGAGGAGCCGGGACAUCCCGGCCGGGGCAAGAAGGAGGAGAAGCAGCGGAAGAAGAAGGUCGACAGCCUGAUGAUGAAAUAUUUGUACCGGCCCGAGAGCGACUGAGGCAGGAGCCCCCCGAGCUCCCGGCACACCUUCGCCUACGACAGAUGGGACGAGGAGCAGGACACCGGGGAAAGCACACGCCGCUCCUCCCGCAGCUCCCCCAGCGCCAGCGAGGCAGAG